GUAAUGAUUGGACAUUUGUGUCAGUUACUCAGUGGCGUAACCAAUCAGAUAAGCGGUUACUUGUCGUCGGCGACAACCGAUGUAAACAAACACCGGAGGAGAAACGUGAUGACAGUUAUUUGUUUUGUGUCCCGAGAAGCAGGUUUGUUUUAUAUUGUUUAGUUUGAUAUAUUAGGACUCCAUAGUCUGCAACACAGAGCUGCAUCUGCUGCAAACAUGAACCUCGGAGAUGGGUUGCUGCUCCACCUCGAGAAUGGAAAGCCACAGCUCGUAUUACUGCAUCGCGGGGAGACAUCUGGGAUAAACAAGCUCUAUAGGCCUGGAUUACCCAGAAGGCCGAAGGGCCCGCUAACCUCCUCUGCCCCGCUCGCCUCCUCCUCCACCCGACGGAGCACCGUGACAUCACGCAACUCCUCAAAGACACCUGCCAAUCACACGACAGUGGUCAAGAGCAGAGCUGUGUCAGUGUUGUCUGUACCAGAGCGCUACAGACCGCCCCCGCGUGUUCCAUCCUCCAAGAGGACAACUAAGACUCCUGCCAAUGGCAGGACAAGACAGACAGAGGCUUUGGCCAAUGGGGAUGCAGGUGUGAGGGAGGGCUUGGCUCGUCUGACCAACCAGGAGCUGACUGCCAGCAGCACGUUCCUCAGCCCAGAUGAGGAGGAGGUCCUGAAGCCGUCUGCAGACCAGACCCAGGUCAGCCUCUCUCCUUCUACCCCUAAGCCAGAGCAGAACAACCCCUUGCUCCUCCCUCUUAGAGCUCCGCCUCCAGCUCUAGCCCCUCCCCAAGCAAGAGCUCCGCCCCCAUCACUGGCCGCACCCGUUUCCCCUCCCCGAGCUCUAGCCGCGCCCCGUGGUCGAGGGAGAGAGGGGCAGUCCAGCAGCUGUGGAGGGAGAGCCAGUUUCCUGAGGUCCAUGACAGCCCUCCUGGACCCUGCAGAGCUGGAGGAGAGAGAGAGGAGGAGAAGCAAACAGCAGGAUCAACUGCGGGCGAUCGAGGCUCAGCUAGCAGAACAACGUGAGCAGAGAGAGGAGGAGAAGAGGAGGGAGGAGGAGACGGAGGAGAAGAGGAGAGAAGAGGAGGCAGAGGAGCAGAGGAAGAUGAAGGAGCAGGCGGAGCAGAACAUCUUGCACCUCCCUCUGAAAGCUCCGCCCAAAGCUCUAACCCCUCCCCAAUCUCUAGCUCCUCCCCCAUCACCAGCCACACCAGUGUCCCCUCCCCGAGCUCCAGCCACGCCCCCUGGUCCAGGGAGGGGGGAGGAGCCGAGCAGCUGUGGAGAGAGAGCUAGUUUCCUGAGGUCCAUGACAGCCCUCCUGGACCCUGCAGAGAUGGAGGAGAGAGAGAGGAGGAGAAGCAAACAGCAGGAUCAACUGCGGGCGAUCGAGGCUCAGCUAGCAGAACAACGUGAGCAGAGAGAGGAGGAGAAGAGGAGGGAGGAGGAGGAGAAGAGGAAGGAGCAGGUGGAGCAGAUCCCACAGCAGGAGGUUCUACUGAGUAGUGAGAAGCCAAUCAGAGAGCUCCCAAGAUCGCAUGGCCAUGUAGUGCUGAAGCAACACAGUGUCAGCAUCCGAGGACCUAAAGGAGGUCAGGGAGCUAAGGGAGAGGAACCAACACGGAAUAAGAAGCGAGGAAAAGGAGAUCUGUACCAGGAGUUGGCGAGGCCCGAGAGAACAGACACUCCAAGGGGGCUUCCUGCUGUCAGACCACCGGGCCCCUCCUCCCAUCAUCCCGAGCAGGACUACUUUCCCUACGUCCGAACAGCUGACAUCAUCCAUCUUGAACCACUGGAUCGCAACGGCACAGCCACCCCACACUCUACCAACACACACGGUCAGAAAGAAAUACUACUGAGUCUUGCUGCUCUACGGAAGGGUUUGUUGCAGAAGCAGAAAGAGAUGGAGUCAAGUGGGAGGCUCCUCCCCCCAGUGACAUCACAACGCAGCUGACACCCAUCCCCUGGGGGGGGCUUGAGCACUUCCAGUCUUUUAACAGUCAGAUAGCAAUGCAUUUUCACCAUGGUUGCCAGGUCUACCAGUGAUCAUCCCUUGGUACUCUGAUCUCUGAAUGUAUAAUAAAAGUAUUUGUAUAAUAAAUCUUAAAUUUGACCUUAA